CUGGAUCUGUCAAAGUCGUACUACGUAGUUACAGGUUACAGUUAUCCCGCCGACGGCGAAGGUUUCGUCGUGCGGUUUGUGAUCCGCGCGAGUCACGCGUGCCGAGCGAGUGGCAGCCCCGGACGAUGGUGUUAAACGACGGCGCGGACAUCCCGGAGAGGGUGGGAUGCGGCUUCAGCACGUUCAAGGAGGUGGACGAGGUGACCACCCUGAUCGCGGAGCUCAGGCGGCCGGAUCUGGUGGAGCGGAACCGGGACCGCUUCAACUUCAUCCUCUCCCAGUACCAGGAUCAGCAUCACCUCCUGGACCCGUACCUCGAGCGGAUCCUGGAGUCCUUGCUGUCGAUCACCAAAGACGAGGACUGUCCGGUGAACGUCAAGCACAACGCGUUCAAAUACCUGUUUAUCAUCAUGUCCGUGAAGACGUACAAGAGGAUCGUUACUUAUCUCCCGCACGAGGUGGGGGACCUCUUGCCUGUGCUACGGAUGCUCGAGAAGCAGGACCUGAACGAUGUGGAGACGUGGGAGACUAGAUACGUCUUGCUCAUCUGGUUGUCCAUCAUCUCUAAGAUACCGUUUCCUCUGUCUCGCCUAGAAACGUCUGAGAAUAUAGAUCCAGACCAGACUAUUAUUGUCAGAAUUUUGAAAGUGUGCAAGCUAUAUUGUCUGUCGAAAGACGCGUGUGCUGUGGCGGCUGUAUUUUUAAUAGCAAACUUUUUAACAAGAUCGGAUGUCAAAAAAUUAUACUUGGAAGAAAUGAUUAUGUGGUGCUUAAAGUGUAUAGAAAAUGAUCCUUUGAGACAUGGACCUCUGGCUGUAAUAUCCUCAAUAUUGAAGCAUAGCGCUAGAGAAGACGUCAAACCAUAUAGCCAAAUGCUUCUCGAUAAUAUGCUGAAACUCCGGCUAAGUGACAAUCCAACAGAUCUUAUUAGGAAAUUUGGAAUGAAAGUUGUCCAGCGCAUAGGUCUGGUAUUGUUGAGAACAAAAUUAGCAUCUUGGCGCUACCAGAAGAUGAGUCGGCCGAUAAGUAUUAUGCCUAACGUUAAAGCAGAUAUUGAUAAUACUGAAAGGAUCAUUGAUAUUAAAAAGUUAAGUAUUUCAAGUGAUAAUGAAGAUCAGGAGAUUCCUCCGGCCAUUGAAGAUAUAAUAGAGCAACUUGUACAGGGUCUUCGGGAUAAAGCGAUUACCAUAAGGUGGUCCGCAGCAAAAGGUAUCGGCAGAAUAACCGCAAGAUUACCGAUAGAUUUAGCUGACGACGUUCUGGGUUUUGUAUUAAAUCUCUUUUCCGGACGUGAAUCAGAUGCAGCGUGGCAUGGUGGUUGUUUGGCGCUCGCGGAACUUGGAAGACGAGGCCUAUUGUUACCUCAUCGUCUGAGCGAUGUCGUUCCCGUCGUUCUGCAAGCCUUAGUCUUUGAUGAACCUACAACUUAUGGAUCGAUCGGUUAUUUGAUCAGAGAUGCCGCUUGUUACAUAUGCUGGUCCUUUCCGAGAGCCUAUGAUUCGCAUGUUUUCGAACAUUACGUCAAGGAGAUCGCAGCAAUGUUAUUAGUUGUGACAUGCUUCGAUAGAGAGAUAAACUGCAGAAGAGCAGCGUCUGCCGCGUUUCAAGAAAACGUUGGAAGACAAGACAACUUUCCGCAUGGCAUAGACAUACUGACUAUCGCUGACUAUUUCGAAGUUGGCGUAAGAAGUCAUACGUAUCUCAAAAUCAGCGUACAAAUCGCACAAUAUGAAGAGUACACGAAGCCCUUAAUAGAUCACUUAGUGGCAAAGAAAGUGACACAUUGGGACACUGCAAUCAGAGAGCUUUCAGCUAAGUCACUUUUCAAUCUGACGGCAGCUGAUCCACAUUAUAUGACAGAGACAGUACUGCCGACUUUAUUGGACAUGCUAAAUUCUAUCGACUUAAAUGUUAGGCACGGUGCAGUGUUAGCUACUGCGGAAAUUCUCGAAGCUCUAUACAAUCAUUGUAAUGAUGAAAUUGGACAUAUUAUCGGAGACACGGCUGUAGCUGAUAUACAAGAUAUAGUACGAACUUUCAGAAGUAGAGGACAAUUUAAGGGUCUUGGGGGAGAGCUAAUGAAACAAGCUUGUGCUGUGCUAAUUAAGAAAUGUUCUAUCGUUCACUUUCCUAUUCAUUUUACAGACGUCGUAGAUGACUGGCAAAAAUUAUUAGAAGAAUGUUUGAGCCACGAAGUGUCGGCAGUUAAAUUAAAAGCGGCCGAAGCACAUACAAACUUUUUUCUAGAAUAUUAUGUAGAUAUCGAUCAUGACGCCCGAAGUGCUGUAGUUAAUCGUUACCUGGAGUCCUUACAAUCGAGUAGUCAGUCCAUUAGAAUAGGAUUUGCACAGGCAAUAGGACAUUUUCCACUGUUCGUAAUUCGUGAAAGAGUGAAAGACAUUAUAAACUCGUUAAUCACAUGCACUCAUAUAUCUGAGAACACGCUGAAAUGGGCGGAGAGUAGGAAAGAAGCUUUGCACUCACUAACAAUGGUGCUGCAAACGCUAGGAAUUGAUGAACUCGACAAAUGGCAAUCGUUUGUGACAGAUCUGUACAAUUGUUAUUUGUUGGCUCUUAAAGAAUAUACCAUAGAUAGUCGUGGAGAUAUAGGCGCUUGGGUGAGAGAAGCGGCUAUGAUUGGACUGCACGUGUUGACAAACCUAGUAUCGCAAGCAAAACUAUUAUCCGUAUUGAAUGAGGACUUAAUGGCUGCUAUUAUCGGCGGUGUCGCGCAGCAGGCUGUCGAGAGGAUAGAUGGAAUUCGAGCUCAGGCUGGUACUGUAUUCAGUGCGCUUAUACACAGCGAUCCGCCACUUCCAAAUAUACCAUAUCAUAAAGAAUUGAAAGAUAUAUUUCCCUAUAACGAAUGUAAGGAGACUAUAGAAUGGCGAAUGGAAUCUGCAACGUUUCCACGAUUUAUUAAGAUGUUAAGUUUUCCACCAUAUAAAAUAAAUUUGUUACGCGGAAUUAUAUUCAGCGUCGGCGGCAUAAGCGAAUCAUUGGUAAAAUAUUCGAGUGUUUCUUUAUUUACUUAUCUACAAGAGAUCGACGAGGCGGGCUUAAAGGAUUUAUGUGAAAAAAUAUUAAAUAUAUUCGAGGAGAGUCAUAAAAACGAACGAAUGAUAACAUCGAUAUUGGCUUUCUUGGAUCGUUUAUUGAGUUCAGGUUGCAUUCAGUCUGUCUUGGAUGAUGCAGACAAUACAAUCUCAGAACGUAUAUUAACACUAUUGAAACACGAAAUAAAAUAUUCCAGUAACAUGAAAUUGCUCAUUAGCAGUAUACAUGUUUUCUGCCAGUUACUACAGGUACGAGGACCCGUUGCAAAGAGAGCAUUUUGUCAACUGAGUAUAUUUUUGUGUCAUAAAUACACGAGCUUAAGGAAAACAACGGCUAUACGUACUUAUGAGGCGUUGAUCCUUUAUGGAGAGGAAAUGGAUAUACCGGAAGAAGAUUUAUCAAGUAUACUCACAAAAUUGAACGCGACGGAUUGGGAACAGCCAAUCUCAGAUUUACGUCCAAUCCGAAAUAAUUUGUGUGAGUUAAUGAAGGUGUCUGCACCGGUUUUGCAAACAAAAUCAACGAAUUGAGAAAAGGCUUUACGCGUGCGAAGAUUUUAGCUUUUUAUUUUUACGCUUAGAUAGCAUAAAGUGAAACAAAAUUUCAUCACUAAUAUAAUAAACAUUUAAGGUAAAAAAUCUCACAGGCAAAUAAGACUACAAACUCUGUCUACAAUUAAAAAAUAUUGUACAUAUGUACGCGUAAAAACAUAAACUUUUUCUAUCAUGCACAGGCUUAUACAUUCUGUACGAUGCAUUUAAUAAUUUCUAUUACAUUAUUUUAUACAAAAUGAAUAUGUAAAAAAAAAUAUUUCUAAUAU